UUGGUGUGGUUCUUGGUUCUCUGUGUUUGCAAAAAGCAGAAGUGGAAGAUUACAGCUUCUUUUCAUCUCGGGCUUUCGUCAACUGGAAAUAACUUUCAAGAACCGACCAACCCCAGGCCCAUCAAAGAGGCCCAGAGGUCGAACGGAGCAAUGUUAUCCAGCGGCAACAUAUGCGUUGUUAUUCUUUGGCUUUCGGCAGUAAUAAUCUCAAUGGUAUCAUGGGCAGACAGUACCGAGAAGUUGAAUUUUGGAUGCCCAGAUCAGUGUCAUUGUUAUCAGGAAAGGAAUAUACCCAUUGUAAUGGCCAACUGCUCUAUGAGUUUUCUGACCUCUGACUCUCUGCAGUUACUGCCACAAAAGGUUUUCUUAUUGCGUUUAGAAAACAGUGAGCUAAAGGAGUUGCCGUGGAGGUUUCUAAAAUGCAAUGCAGCGCUAAUUGCACUAAGUCUUGAAUACAACCAGUUGGAGCUUUUGCCAGAAGACGCGUUCAGUAAUUGCAUUUAUUUACAAGUACUGAUUUUAAACCACAACCAUUUGAAGGAGCUCCCCCCCAACAUCUUCAGCAGCUGUACUAAGCUAAAAGGAAUAGUUUUAAACAACAACUAUUUGAGAGAGCUUUCUUCGAGCACCUUCAAAAGGAAUACGGAUCUGACAGCUUUGUAAGUAAAAAUUAAAAGUAACGUCUGUACUCAAGCUUAUCUCGGUUUCCUUGGCAUGAAGCGACGAAGAGGUUACCCACAGCACUUCAUCAGCUUUCCCUGGCAAUUUGCUAAUUUGGGGUGAAGGGAAGUAAUAUGAGAGUAAAGUGUUUCAGCUGCGCAUGUCCAAGAACACAACACAAUCACCUCUCUUUCCCACAUUUCUUUGUAUUUGCAAAUAAGCGUACAAGAGCUAACCUCGACUAUAAACUUUACCCGAAAAGAGCGGUUUGUAAUUGUUACAAAUAUUCCUUCUUCAUUCGCAUAGUGGGGAAAUGGAAUGGCUCGCCAGGAUACAUUGUACACGCCGAAUAAUUGUCUAUU